AUGUUAAGCAUUUUUUGUUUUUUAUCAAAAGAACAUUUUCAUCUAAUGAUGAAGUGCAAAUUAACAGAUCUUAUUCAUAAUAAAGAAAUAAAUCAAUAUGAAUUAAAAUUCUCGUCAAAUUCAAAUGCAGAAAUCAGUUGUCCAGAUGCUGCAAAUAUGUUAAAACAACAACCAUCUUUAUAUAAAAUAUCAUCGAAGUUAAUUGUUUCAAAUGUUCAAUCAACUAUUUCAACAAUUCAAUGUCCUGACACCUAUGGAUGUUGUUCAUAUCCUCAAGCAUCUUGUUUUUCAGACAUGAUUCAUUGCUGUGGAAAUGAUUAUUCAUGUGAUGAUAGUUGUAAAAGAUAUAUUCGUCAUUUAAGUUCAUUAAAUAAAACUGAUAUAAAAGCAUUUACUCAACAAUUUUUAUCAAUUAAAAUCAAUAAUAAUCUUGCAUCAUUUUCUAAAUUAUCUCCAUUAAAAGAUCAAACAUGUCCUGAUGAUAAAACAAUAUGUUCAUCUAGUUCAACAUGUUGCCCAAAUAAACAAAAUAAUCAAAUUACUUAUUCAUAUUAUCCUUAUUCAAAGGUGUAUGUUGUGGUUCAAAUGAUUCAUGAUUUAUCAAUAUCAUGGCGAGGAGCUCCAUUAGAUACCAAUUAUAAUCGUUGUGGAACAUCAGAUGUUGCUUGUUUAAAUAGUCAAACAUGUUGUAGAAUUUAUGGAUCAACUGUUGGAGAAUAUGCUCGUUGUGCUUUUCCUGACGUAUGGUUAUAUUUAUUUAUUUAUUUAUUUUAA